AUGAAACUUAAUCUUCCAGCUUCAUUUAUCUUCAACCUAUUUCUCACUGCUACAUUUAUACUUACAGCAUCGACUCAGACUGACAAUGAAAGAAAGCCAUACAUUGUUUACAUGGGAGACGUGCCAGCAGCUGGAAUUUCAGCGGUAAAUGAGCAUCAGAAUCUGCUCAGGACGGCAAUUGAAGACGACAAAUUAGCUGAAGAAUCCAGAGUACACAGUUAUAAGAAGAGCUUCAAUGGCUUUGUCGCCAGGCUAUUACCGCAUGAAGCAAAGAGAUUAUCAGAGGAAGAGGGUGUUGUUUCUGUGUUUCCUAACACUAAGCGUCAAUAUCACACAACUAGAACAUGGGAUUUUCUGGGACUUUCUGAAACAUUACAGAAAGAGAAUUCCAAAAAAGAGAGCGAUAUUAUUGUUGCUGUUUUUGAUACAGGAAUCUGGGUUAAAUCUCCAAGUUUUAAUGAUAAAGGCUAUGGACCUCCUCCAGCAAAAUGGAAAGGCAAAUGUGUUACAGGCGCCAAUUUCACUGGCUGCAACAACAAAGUCAUUGGUGCAAGAUACUACCAUCUAGGUAGGGAGAUUGAUCCUACAUUGGAUGAACCAAGUCCAGUUGACACUGAUGGGCAUGGCACUCACACUUCCUCCACAGCUGCAGGGGCAUUGAUCAAAGGUGCUAGCUUGUAUGGCAUUGCCGAAGGCACUGCUCGCGGCGGCCUCCCAUCGGCUCGCGUCGCAAUGUACAAAGUAUGUUGGGGCGACGGCUGCAGUGAUAUGGACUUACUAGCCGCUUUUGAUGACGCUAUUCAAGAUGGUGUCGACUUGAUAUCGAUUUCAAUUGGUGGAGUGUCGAAGAGUUUUUUCGAUGACCCCAUUGCCAUUGGCUCUUUUCAUGCCAUGAAAAGGGGAAUCCUCACCUCUUGCUCAGCUGGGAAUCAGGGGCCUGGUUUAGGAACAGUGCAAAAUGUUGCACCAUGGAUUUUAACUGUGGCUGCUAGCAGCAUUGAUAGGAAAUUCGUGUCAGUAGCUAAACUUGGCAAUGGCAUGGAAGCUUCUGGGAUCUCCAUUAACACAUUUUCACCGAAAAAACUGAUGUACCCUCUUACCAGUGGAGCUCGUGCAGGCAAUGACAGUCAGGGCUUUGGAAAUGCUAGUGCCUGUGAUUAUGGAACUCUAAGCAAGGAGAAAGUGAAGGGAAAGAUUCUAUACUGCGUUGGUUUCGGUAAUUACGACUAUACUAUCAAAGAAUUAGGUGGAGCUGGAGCAAUAGGGAUUCUUGAAGGACCAACAGACACAGCCUAUACUACUCUUAUACCAGGCACCUCCAUCAGCCCCAAAGAUGGCUCCCUGAUAAACAAUUACAUCAACUCCAACAAGAACCCUGAAGCUGUUAUAUACAAGACAAGGGUAGUUAAGAUGCCUGCCCCUUUUGUUGCUUCUUUCUCAUCUAGAGGGCCUCAAGUGAUCAGCCUGAACAUCCUGAAACCAGAUGUCUCAGCACCAGGGAUUGACAUUUUAGCUGCAUAUUCACAAAUGGUAUCAAUAACAGGACUGUCAAUGGACAAACGAAUUUCACCAUUUAACAUAAUAUCAGGCACAUCAAUGGCUUGCCCUCAUGCUGCAGCUGCUUCUGGCUAUGUCAAAUCUGCCCAACCGGACUGGUCACCUGCAGCCAUCAAGUCCGCCCUCAUGACCACCGCCACCCCUAUGGAAAUCAAAGCACAAGAUGUAGAACUAGGCUCCGGAUCAGGCCAAAUUAACCCAUUACGGGCGAGACACCCGGGUCUCAUCUAUGAUAUUUCCUUGAAUGACUACAUAAGUUUCCUUUGCAAGGAAGGCUACAACAGCACAUCCAUUGGUCUACUAAUGGGAGACAAGAAGAGAUUCAACUGCUCUAGUUAUAAACCUGCACAAGGGACAGAUGGGCUUAAUUAUCCUUCAAUGCACUUACAGAUGAAGGAUAAUUCCAGGAUUUCAGCAGUGUUUUACAGGACUGUAAAAAAUGUGGGAUAUGGCAAGUCAGUGUACAAGGCAACUGUUACAUCGCCAGAGGGUCUCUCAAUUAGAGUUUUUCCAAAUAGUCUGACAUUUAGUAAACCCCGUGAAACGAGGACUUUCAAGGUUGUGGUGAAGGGCGGGGCAAUGAAAAAUGGAACUCAUAUUUUAUCAGGUUCACUUGAAUGGAGUGAUUCUAAGCACAGUGUCAAGAGCCCUAUUCUUGUAUAUAGGGCAGGACAAAUUUAAGUUCUAAUUCUGUUGGCUGAUUUUAUGUAGGUUUUUUUUUUUUUUGGGCAAUUGAUUUCAUGUAGGAUAUUUAUGAGAUUCUUCAAUGUCAACUAAAUUCCUUACUUUUUUUUUUUUUUUUAAAUUGAUCAUAUAACUUUAGGGUUCUUUUGCAAGUAAGAG